AUGGACCUCUUCCGCUUCAAGUCGGCGCAGCAGUACGCGAGUCGGGUGCCGCUGCGCAAGCUGUCCUUCCGUGUGACACUCUGGCGGGCGCUGCUUGUGGAGGAAAACCACACGGAGGUGCUGUGCAGCGUGACGGUUCCAUGGGACGGCAAACUUUUUUCACCCGCGGAGAACCUCGAAAUGAUCCGUGCCGUGGACGCCGAAGCCACGGCGGGGGACGUUGCGCGGACCUCGCUGGGGGCCGGUGCCACUGAAGUGGACAUGGAAACGCUGCGGCUGCAGGGAAGCGGGAGGGCCAUUCCCGAUGCGGUGCGCGCUGCGACGGAGUUGAGGCGUCACCUCGAGAAGAGCGCCGACGCCUUAUUUACGCACACCUCCAGUGAGGAUUACAUAUGCGAGGCGGAAGAAGACUGCCCCGUGGAUCCACCGCAGGAGCCAAGUCCUCUGGCGGCAGUAAUCCUUCGCCAGUACCACACACAACACCAGACAAGCAACAAGAUGUAUUUUAUGUGGGCUAUUGGAGGUAUUACCCCACCGGAUGGGGCGUCUCUGUCAGAGAUGCGGUGGGAAGGCGAGGAACGCGUCGUGUGCAUCAUCACGGCAGACACGAAUGAGUUUUACUUUACAGCAAAGCCGUCCAUUAACGAGACGCAUACGCUGUUUGUUGACUCGCUGCAUGUGUACUCCCUCAAGGUUUCUGCGAUGGCGACGGAGGAAACCGCGCUGGCGCCGUCAGAGCCCGACGGCAUUAUCCAACGCGUUGGUAAUCUUGCGUCACGUGUAGAGAACACUCUGGACAUCCCUCACUCUGCUCGACGGGAGGCACUGCAGCAGCUGCUGCUUCAGCAGGCUUCCACCAUGGGUGCAGCGGAGGUGGAUUUCGAUGUUAAACACCUCCCGCAGGCGGGUGUUUGGGACUCGUUUACGCGACACGCGUCGAGGGCGAGGGUGCAUCAUUACAUAUAUGGGACCAUCGACAGGUGCGUCGGUGUGUCAGAGGAGGCAAUUUACCUUCAUUGUCAGUGGCGUCAAGGCACACAGGAGGAGGAGACGUGCGAAGUGGGGAAAGUGGGUGACGGUUUUACCACGCAGCUGACCUUGGCUGGCACCAUCCUUGUUGAGGACUUUAUUCCACUUCCAGUGCAUACUUUUAACACCCCUUUUGAGUACCACCUGAAUGUGGAGGACAUGGCCCCGCUGCAGCUCCUCGUGACGGUGUACAGUGAGUCGGUGUACGCCCAGCAGGCCCCUGUCGGCUACACAGUACUGACGGUGCCGCAUACGCAGCCUGGCUGUCACACAUUGAGGGCCCCGUUUUGGAGACCGUGGCAAACAGGACGCGAGUUUCUUUGCACCGCGUUGGUGGGCGGUGCGCCCGCACUUGUUGACCCAUGGGAUGCUGCCACACGCGGCAACGCGGGCAUGUCUGUGAAGCACGGGCUCGUCACAGAGCCAACAGGCGAGGUGGAGGUGAGGGUGAUGGUGCUUCACCAGUACGGCAUAUUCGGGUCAUGA